AUGUCUGGUGAUCUUGUGAUUUCGGGAGACUGCGGUGGCACCAACACGCGGCUUUCACUGUGGCUCAUCCCCCAGGGCUCCGUAGCCUUUAAGGGCUCGGUCGCUCCAGGGGAGAUCACAUUCGCCAAGAAAUAUCACAAUGAAAAUUAUUCCAGUUUCAACGAAGUGUGUCAUCUCUUUAUGAAGGAGGCAAAGUUGCAGGAACGCCUGCCUGUGGCCUGUGUACUGGCGUGUGCCGGUCCGAUCCUAAACAAUACCGUCGAAUUUACAAACAUUAAAGAUGGGUGGAAAAUUGAUGGAGCGAGUCUUGAAAAAGAACUGGGUAUCGCUACUGUAAAGCUCAUAAAUGAUUUUGCUGCCAUGGGUUAUGGUCUCCUGACUCUUAAACCUCACGAGUACAUUGUACUCAACGAUGCGAAAAAGGAGGAAGGGAUGCCAAUUGCCACAAUUGGAGCAGGCACCGGACUGGGAGAGUGUUACCUUACAGCUGGAAGUGAUGGUCACUAUUCGUGUUUUGCUUGUGAAGGUGGCCACACGGAUUUUGCUCCGGCCGACGAAAUUGAAAUUGAGCUGUAUAAUUCCAUCAAAAAGGACUUGGGCUGCGACCGCCGCUUUUCGGUUGAACGUAUUGUCAGUGGUCCGGGAUUGGCCACCAUCUAUAAAUUCUUGGCCAACAAGUAUCCGGACAAAGUCGACACUAAUGUACACGAGGAGUUUCUUCAGGCCGGAUCCUUACAAGGUAAAAUUGUGGGUGAUAAUGCGAAGUCGAACGAAUUGUGCAAUCAAGCCAUGGAGAUUCUUGUCGAUGCGUACGGUCGUGAAGCAGGAUGUGCCAUGCUUAAGUAUCUUCCACGAGGUGGAUUUUACAUCACGGGUGGCCUUGCACCCAAAAAUCUGGAUUAUUUCACCAAAAAGGAUAUUUUUCUCAAAGCGUGUUUUAACAAGGGACGUAUUAGUCCAGCGAUAAAAGCCAUUCCAAUUUAUCUCGUAUUAACGGAAGAUUUAGGCGAACGUGGCGCGCACUUCUAUGCGUACCAGUUGCUCGAGUCGUACAACAAAAGUAUGUUUGGCCACACUGUUGCACUAGAGAAGGCACAGGCAAAGUAUGCUACUCCAGAGCAUUUGGCGAUCUACGCGGCCACAGCCUCUAUUGGGGUUGCGGCGGGUAUGGUCAUUGGCAAUAUAUUGCGAAAGUGA